AUGAUCCGGUCGUACCUGAGUGAGAGGUGUAUUAUCAUCGGGACACCGGCGGCGGGCGUCAUCCGGAGGGAGGUGACGAGUGGAGUCCCGCAGGGGUCAGUCCUGGGCCCUCUUUUGUGGAACAUCAUGUUCGACGGCCUGCUGCGGGUACGGACCCCGCCGGGCACGACCACCAUCUGCUUCGCCGACGACACUCUCAUAGUGGCGGAAGCGGAUAGUAUUGGUGAGCUGGAAGGCAGGGCCAACGGGGCGCUCGAGACGGCGGCAAGGUGGGUCGCACGGGCCGGGCUGAGUCUGGCAGCGGACAAAACGGAGGCGGUGCUCUUCACGAAUCGUUAUAAAUACGCGGAGCCCGUCGUUAAGGUCAACGACGUGAGGAUCCUAGUGAGGGAGAACAUGAGGUACCUCGGGUGUUCGGUAAUCAGGGAGCUGUUGGGAAAGAGGAAGUACCAUGGAGCAAGGUGA